AUGGAUCCCGUUUCUGCAUUCCGAGUGGCCAGCACAAUUGUGACGUUUGUCGAUUUCUGUUAUGGCCUGGUUUCAGAGUCCAUCGAGAUCUAUCGGUCGCCAGAGGGUGUAUCCUCGGAAAACUUCCAACUGUCCACCCUCGUUAAGGACCUGGGAAAGAUCGGUACCCAGGUUAGCGAUGCACUAGAUACAGCGACGUCUCAAGCGCUUGCAGCAUCUGACGAGUCGCUCAUCAGACUCUGCCGGGAAUGCGAGUCCAUCACAGCAGAAAUCAGUAGCGCUUUGGGCUAUCUCCAGGCCCAGGGAGGCGGCUCAAAAGCUAUGAUGGCAAAAAAUAAUGCCACUGUCGCGCUCAAGGCCAUGUGGUCGAAAGGGAACUUGCAAAAUAUCGAGAAGCGAUUACAGCAGAUCCGGUCGGAAAUGACAAUGGCGAUGCUGGUCAACUUGUGGGAAAGAGAUCGAGCCCGCGGAAAUGGGAUGGGUGAGAGCUUGGAACACCAGAUCUCUAACCUAACGCAGAAAGUUGAUAGAAACAACAGCAAACUGGACCAAUUCGCCUCUGAACUCGAUAAGAUCUCCUCGGAGGAUGACACCGUAGGACCUGGGAACCGAAAUGUUCUUUUCAGGAGACUAUGGGAGACAGAUUGGCACCCCUUCGACGCGCCCAUUGAGGACACGAAUCAUCCGAGUUCUAAAAGCAAUAAUCUCAAUAAGCAAAUCCAUAAACAAAUAGUCAAAAGCCUGAGUUUCUCUGACAUCUCUCGGAGGGAGAAGUCAAUACCCAAACCGUACGACGACACUUAUCGUUGGAUUUUCGAGCGCGAUGAUGAGGUUCACAACGGGAACAACGAGAUGCUUAAGGGAAGGAACAACUUCACCAAUUGGCUUCAAGAUCCGUGUUUGGUAUAUUGGAUCACGGGAAAACCAGGCUCUGGAAAGUCAACGCUGAUGAAUUUCAUCGUCCGCGAUUCCCGGACUAGAAAGAGCCUCCAAAAAUGGGCAGCCCCAAUGUCCUUACUCCUUGCCCACUUCUACUUCUGGGAAGCUGGACAUAACAACUUGCAAAAAUCGCGAGAAGGACUAUUACGAACAAUACUCUACCAGUGUCUAGAAUCAAUGCCCGAUCUCACGCCGAUGGUACUUCCAAGGCGUUGGGCGGUUUAUCAAGUCCUACGUGGCCUGGAAACCCCGGCACCGGCUUGGAGUUGGGAGGAGUUGCAAGAGGCAUUCUUCAGCCUGGCGUCGCUUAAUGGACAUUGGUUCAAACUCGCACUGAUUCUAGACGGGCUUGAUGAAUUCAGCGGUGAUCCAGGCGCUUUGAUCUCAUUCAUUCAGGAGCUUGUCACAAGGUAUGGUGUUAAGAUAUGCCUUGGUAGUCGACCUUUGAGCGAGUUCACGGACGCGUUUGAUGAAUAUCCCAGGCUUGCAAUGCAGUACCUCACUCAAGGUGAUAUUGAGGCCUACAUCAUUGGAAAUUUUCAAUCUAGUAAAGCAUUUCGAGAACGGCAAGCGCUUUUCCCCGACCAGGCCGGGGCCCUGCUCUAUGAUAUAGCAAACAAGGCGCAGGGAGUAUUCCUCUGGGUCUUCAUUGUAGUCCGAGACCUGCUAUACAGUUUGUCCAAGGGUAGAAGCCUGGCCGAUUUGCAAGCUGUUGUCGAUGACCUGCCAACAGACUUGUUCCAGCUCUAUAGUCGGAUGCGACAAAAGGUCGAUCCUCAGGAUCUGAAAAACUCUACGCGAUACUACCAGCUUACAGUUGCAUCCCUCAGACCAUUGCACGCCAUCUCACUCUGGAUAGCGGACGGGGAGAGUCUGCCGAACGGAGAUUUUUUCACAGAGGAGCACAAGGAAAAUAUCGUCAAAAUAUUGGAACGACGCUUGGAUAGCUCGACCAAAGGCCUUCUGGAAGUGGAUGACGACGGGAUCGUCACCUUUCUUCACAGAACCGCACGAGACUGGGUCUUGCAAGAAUCAAUUCUAUCGACACCGCGAAAGUCAUUAACAAACUUCGCUCCGGAACUGGUUCUGCUGCAAGUGCUCACAACGGUGAUUUCGAAGCCACGGCUAUUUAUCCAUCUGGGGUUUUCACAGCUUGCAUUUUGGGAUAUAGUUGUCCUAGGAUUUCUGUAUGCGUCUCAAGUAGAUGAAUGCUUCUCUGAAUCCCUGGUUCAUGCGGUUGAUGAUUUCGACGCAGCUCUUUGCGAGCGAGCUGCAGAUCUUGGAAAGCGCGGCUACAUAUUUGACGCGAACUUGUCGAAACCGGAUUCGACAUCGAGUAAAACAAACCGAUGGCUCCAUCGCGGAGGAAAGGGAGAGCGCUCAUCCAGCAACAAAUCCAAUGCUGGAAAGCAUUGGUCAUGGACGCAGGACAAUUUACCGUUCUGUAUUGAAAAUUCUGCCGUGGGAAUCGCGGCACAGUUCGCGGUUGUCCCCUAUGUCAAAGCCAAAUUGAAGACCAAUAAAAGCCUUGUCAAAUCCGAGCCAAACAGGCGAUCUCUGCUGGAAAAUACGAUUUUCGGGUGGCAAUUCUAUGUGAGCCGUACAAACGAGGAUUUGGCUCACUACUCAGCGAGUUGGAGGCUUCUCAUGGAUGAUCUCUCGCGUCAGAGGAUAGAAAUGGUCAGACUAUUAAUCGACUCAGGGGCAUCCCUCAGUGACCCAACAUGUAGGUGUCGACAGAAGAAGGGUAGAAGUAUUGAAGAGGAGGUUUCUUUGCUAGAUGGUAAUGGGAGGGCCAAGGUGGCCUCUCGGGAGUUUUGGGAUGAGCUUGCGAAUCUUUUGCUUAGAACUCGUAGGAGAAGUCGCCUUUGGGGCCUUUUUUCCUAA